GGAGGCCGAGAACGGGAAGCUGGCGGAGGACCUCGCAGGAAGGAGGCCGAGAACGAGAAGCUGGCGGAGGACCUCGCAGAGAAGGAGGCCGAGAACGGGAAGCUGGCGGAGGACCUCGCAGAGAAGGAGGCCGAGAAUGAGAAGCUGGCGGAGGACCUCGCAGGGGAAGGAGGCCGAGAACGAGAGCUGGCGGAGGACCUCGCAGAGAAGGAGGUCGAGUCUGAGCGGCUUACAGCGAGUCUGGCUGUGGCUCGAAAAUCUCUUGAAGAGGCGUUGCAGAGUGUGGCUAAUGCUGAUGCAAAGGAUACUGAAGUGAGCGAUCUGCGUCUAAAGGUGAGUGAUUUGGAGGAAGUUGUGGAGGCCAAAAAUGCUCAUUUACAGGCUUUGAAUGAGCGUCUUGAGGCGCUGGUGAAGGAGCUCAGCGAGAAGCGAGAGGAACUGAUUCAAGUGAUUGGCCAUUUGGAUGGCUUUGUGACAAAGCUAGAGAAAGCGCGUGAGGGGGAGAAAGUGGCUGUGGAGAGGCUUGCUGCGCGGGAUCAGGAGCUCUUUGAACUGGAAAGCAUGCAUAGGAAGCUUCAGUCAGACCAUGAGCGAAUUGUGUCGCUGCUGCAGGAGCAGGUGGAGCAGCUUCGUGUGCAGCAGUCUGAGGCUGCCACGUCGUGUGAGGGAUUGAAAUCCAACGUCAGCGUCCUUCGCAAAGCGCUGCAAGAGGUGCAGGCAGCUUCAGCGGAUAAGAACGACGAGAUAACUCGUCUUAGGGAGGAGUUAUUUUCCCAGCAGGAGGAGGCGCAGGCGCUGCUUGACAAGGUGGCGGACGAGCGGGAUCAGAAGUCGCUGGAAGUGAGUGAUUCACUAACGAAGCUCGAGGAGUUCGUUGAACUUAUGCAGGAUCUUCGCAAGUCCGAGGAGGAUGCGCUGCAGAGGAGCGCCGAUGCGGAGCGGUCACUCGCCGGGGUUCAGGAAGAAUUGGAGCGGGUUCGCGCGCGGGAGGCGAAACAGUGGGUUGGAGCCAAGGACGAGUCGGAGGUGGGCGCAUUUCGUGCCGCAUCUGAUGCGGCGUGCGACGCGCGCGAACACGCGGAGGAGAACAGGAAUUUGAAGUUGUGUGUGAAUCUGCUGAUGGACGCCCUUUCAAAGAAUCAUAGCACCUUCGCUGCUUCGUUGGGUGUGUUCGAAGACGUCUGCGGCACACUGACAAAAAUGCAGGACGAAUGA